AUGGAGACUCCGCUUAUUGACGAUAUGAUUGACUUUCGCCGGUUACCCAAAGAUACACUUGUCCUCCUACUGCUGAUCAUUUAUUUUCCAGUUGGCAUUUGUUUGAUGUUAUUACGGAUUUUUAUCGGUGUCCAUGUAUUUUUGGUCAGCUGUGCACUGCCUGAAAGUUUUCUAAGAAGAUUCAUUGUGAGGAUUAUGUGUUCAGUUUUAGGAAUGCAUGUGAGGCAGCAAAAUCCUCAAUCCAGAGACAAAAAUACCAAACUUUACAUAUGCAAUCACGUAACAGAGUUUGAUCACAACAUAAUCAACCUCUUGACCCCCUGCUGCACUCCCCAGUUUCAGGGCUCCACAGGUUUUGUGUGUUGGGCCAGAGGCUUCAUGGAAGUCCACUCUACGCUUGGAAGAGGAGCGAUAGGAGAGUCUCUUCAGAGGUACUGCUCCACCGAAGGUGUCUCACCGUUACUUCUGCUCCCUGAAGAAGACACCACAAAUGGACGAGCUGGCCUUCUUAAAUUUUGUUCCUGGCCAUUUUCUCUGACAGAUUCAAUUCAGCCUGUGGCCUUGAGGGUCGCGAGACCUCUGAUUGCUUUGAGCACACCUGAGACCAGUUGGUUAAAAGAGCUGUUAUGGACUUUUUUUUCUCCAUUUACAGUGUAUCAUGUAAGUUGGUUGCCUCCUGUUUCCCGACAAGAUGGUGAAUCUUCACAGGAGUUUGCCAACAAAGUCCAGGAGUUGCUCGCCUGCGAACUUGGCUUGGUCUCCACAAAGAUCACUAAAGCUGACAAAGCGGAGCAUGUUAAAAGAAAACGACAUGCCUUACCACAACCAUCUACAGGUCAUUCUAAUUUAGGAAUAAGACCUGGUUCUGUGGGCCUCGGUUUUAUGGUGCAAGGUUUGGGAACAGAUGAACGUAGGAUUGCGAAAAUGGCCCAGCAGGUGAAAGAUGUACUGCCUCACAUCCCCCUGAAUGUCAUCACAAAGGACUUGGCCAAAACAAAUUGUGUGAACGUUACCAUAACAAACCUGCUGGAACACAAGGAGGAUUCAUCAGCAGAUGAUAGUGAUACGUUGCUGUUUGGGGCUUCAGUGAACAGCUCUUAUUCUUCCGAUUCUGCACAAACCAUGAAGCCUGUUGCAAAUUCUUUUGGCAAAUCACCAGUUGACAGGCAUUUGUCUCUUCAAGAGAGAAAAGAAGCGCUGUAUAAUUUUGCAAGAAGACGCUACAUUGAAAAACAUGGAUUGAAUCAAGCAGACAGUCUCUGA